UAGGACAUUGCCUCCACUUAGAUAACAUUUUUGUUGAUUUCUUGAAAAAUCCAGUCUAGAGAGAGUAUAUACUUUGCAUUUCUUUCCCUAGUUGCUCAACUUGGGAAAAAAAAUAUCCGACCAAAACCCUUUGCCCGUCCAAUCAACUACUUUUGGUGUAUGCAUCCCUUCUUCAUUUCCACAAAAACCCCACCUCAAACAUCACCAUAUACACCACCAAACACAAUUGUUCUCAUCCUCUCUCUCUCUCUCUCUCUCUCUCUCUCUCUCUCUCUCUUUGUGUGUGUGUGUGUGGAUGUGAAUUUGAGCUUUUUGGUCUAGGUGAAAAUGGGCAGAAAGUGCUCACAUUGUGGAAACAUAGGUCACAACUCAAGGACUUGCACCAAUUACAGAGGCGGUGGUGUUGGUGGGCUAAGGCUUUUUGGAGUUCAACUUGACAUGUCUUCUUCCUCUUCUACUCCUCCAUCUUCCAUAGCCAUGAAGAAGAGUUUCAGCAUGGAUUGCUUCUUGUCUUCUUCUCUAGCCUCGUCGCCAUCGCCUUCGUCUUCGUUAUCUUCGUCGCGGAUUUCCCUCAAUGAAAAUUGUGACAAGGCUUCUCUUGGCUAUCUUUCUGAUGGCCCCCAGGAGAGGAAGAAGGGAGUCCCAUGGACAGAGGAGGAGCACCGGACGUUUCUGUCCGGACUAGAGAAGCUCGGAAAAGGCGAUUGGAGGGGAAUUUCCAGAAACUUUGUUACCACCAGGACUCCAACCCAAGUUGCCAGCCAUGCUCAAAAGUACUUCCUCCGGCAGGCAAGCCUCCACAAGAAGAAACGGCGUUCAAGCCUCUUUGACAUGGUUGGAAGUAGCAAAAUAGAAGCUGAACAGCAAGUUAACAACUCAGAUGCCACUCCAAGUGAACCUCCUCUUCCACAUACCAUACAAAACGAUCAAGAAAAUGACUACAGCUCCCUGCAGCUAUCAUCUUCUCAUCACCAGGGAGUUCCCUUUUGGCUAUUUGGAUCAUCACCUAAUUCGCAGCGAACACAGUGCGUUUCUUCGAAUCCCGUUCCAGAUUUGGAGCUCUCGCUCGCGGCUCCAAGGCCGAGCGAUCAAGCCACAUCGUCAUCGAGUCCACGUCUAAUAAGACCGAUCGGCGUUAUCUGACAUUUGAAGGGGAUCCUGCUAGAAUUACCCUUUGUGGUCACAUGAAGUCCAUCUCAGAGAACAUGUUUUUGUAAUGGUAUUAUUAACAGCACUGCCAGUAUCUUUGUAUCAUCCAAUGUAUCUAUGUAUGUAUUCUUUUCCAAUUCCAGUGGAGCAAAUCAUUCGAUGAUAGCUUAACUGAAAGCAUUGGAGAAAAGAACCAAUCAUUUCA